CAAAAUAUAUUAGUGUGCAUGCAAGCUACAGAUUUGCAUUUCAGAAUUGCAAGGAACAUUCCAAUGAUAUUUACUCCCCCAUCGUUAUGUGAUGCAUUCCAGUGCUGAUUGAUGUCUUCUCAUAUUUUGCCUUGAAGAUUGUUUGGGUACAAUGUUUGAAACGCCUUUACAAGAUCUAAAUAUUUCCGGAGUGUUUGAUGACAGAAUUAAUCUUAUAACAAGCUAGAUGGAGUUGAAGGAAAACUUUAUCCCACGAUGGCUUAAACCACAGGACUUUAAAUAUUAUCAACGUCUCUGAAAACUGCUGUCAACAUGGGUGCUCUGGGUGAAAGGAGAAUUAAAGCACACGGCAAAAUUUAACAGAAACAAUUUAUAGUUUCAACGCUUAAUUCCUCUGAAAAUAAGACUCCAGAUUAUUGACACGCACAGCCAUGGAUUCAAGGGAUAUGUAUUUAAAAAACCACCAGAAAUUAAUGAGAAUUCUAUUCUGUCUGGAAACUAAUUUCUGUUGAUUGGAUUUUGGGUGACUGAGUUUAAUGUCUAUUUUGCUAGAUUUUUUUGAAGAACACUUUAGAUGGAAAUGCUGACUGGUAAUGGUACUGAGUGUAAUGUAGAUGCCACAUUUGUGAAUAACAUUUAUGCUAUCACUUACACUAUUAUAUUGAUCCCUGGUUUAAUUGGAAAUGUUCUUGCUCUAUGGAUCUUUUAUGCUUACAUCAAGGAGACUAAGCGAGCCGUAAUAUUUAUGAUUAAUCUUUCCAUUGCUGAUUUAAUGCAAGUUCUUUCUCUGCCAUUGAGGAUAUUUUAUUACCUGAAUCAGUCAUGGCCUUUCAGCCAUUUUGUCUGUAUGUUUUGUUUCUAUUUAAAAUAUGUAAAUAUGUACGCAAGCAUAUUUUUCUUAGUGUGCAUUAGUGUUAGAAGGUUUUUGUAUGUCAUUUAUCCUUUUAAAUGGAAUGACCGAAAGCGAGUCUGUGAUGUGUAUAUCAGUGUGGCUGGCUGGAUAACUGUAUGUGUCAGCUGUUUGCCAUUCCCCUUGCUAAGAGUCAGCAAUGACACAACUACAAAUGACCGCUGUUUUGUGGAUCUUCCCCUGGUGGACAUUGGGAUGAACAACUCUGUGUUGUUGGUGACAUUAGCUGAACUCUUUGGAUUUGUGACUCCACUGCUUAUCGUCUUGUAUUGUUCCUGGAGGACUGUAAUGUCACUGAGAGAGCCAGACUCAAUUUCUCAGGACCUUGGAGAAAAGAAGAAAGCUCUGAAGAUGAUCUUGACAUGUGCUGUGGUAUUUUUGAUCUGUUUUGCUCCUUAUCAUUUUAGCUUUCCCUUAGACUUUCUAGUAAAAGCCAAUAAAAUAACUCAGUGCAAGCAGAGAAAGGCUAUCCUAACAUUACAUCCAGUGGCCUUAUGUCUUGCCAGCUUGAACUCCUGUCUAGAUCCUGUCAUCUAUUACUUUACAACAGAUGAAUUUAAAAGAAGACUAUCAAGGCAAGAUAUACAAGACAGUAAUGAGCUUCAGAUGUACUGCAAUAAAGUGUUCAUAAAGAGAAAUUCAAGACCAGAACUUUAGCUUUUAUGUUUUAGUACUUCACAUCAAACCUGUCGUCAGUCAAAUUUGAUACCAGACAGAAUUCGAUGCACCUACAUGAAUUUCACAUUUUGUAAUGGGAUGUGUACUGUGACCUGCCUGCUGAUUUGUGUCUCUGAAGACUACUGAUGAACACAGCUACUACUGAAGCAAUCUUGGCUCAGCUGAUAGGAUUACCCCUAAAACUUGUUUAAAAUUAAAAAAAAAAAAAAAUUCAGAGCAAAAAUACAAUUUUUUGGAACUUCAUAAGAAAAAUUAUAAACAUUUUCUUAAAUUCAGCAAAUAUCAAGGAUUUGUGAAUUAUUUAUUAUUGCUGUUUGUGGAUCAUUCACAGCCUGGUUACCUGGUUAACCUUGUUAAGCUGACAAUUGUCAUUUAUAGGUCAUGCUAUGAUUUUUGACAAUGUUAAAAAUAAGCUACAGGUAUUGGACCUGGGGUUUUCCGGAUAAGGUUGUCUAUGGAAGAUGGCCUUUCUGUCAUUUGGAACUUUCUGGAUAACGGGUUUCCGGAUAAGGGAUCCCAUACCUGUAUUUCUAUUAAUUACGAAUGAUGGACUUAUAUUCAGAAAUCGGCUCAUUGUGUGUGUAGAAAUGAGCACAUUCAUGUAAAGCAAUUUUAUGCUUUAAAUAUAAAAUUCACUUUUUUUAAAUCACUCCUUAACUUUGAAUUAUUUUUGUAUAUAAUACCUAUAAUUUAAAUGUGAAGUAGACAAACCAGGCAACAUUUUGUUCUUUAAAAUAGGAUUUAAGAUUACUUUUGACUGUACAUAUGAGAGCUAACAUUGUAAAUCAUUUAUGUGUCUGAUAAUUAAGUUUGU